AUCUCUCUCUCUCUCUCUCUCUUUCUCUCUCUAACUCCCAUCGAAUCAGCCAAAAUAAAAGUGACCAGAAAAUAAGAAGUAAACGACGUUUCCAUCUUCCGUCGCCAUCACUGCCAAUCAUCCUCAUCUCUCUCUCUCUCUUGCCUUUGAAGAUUUCAAUGAGCUAAAGAAGCUCUGUGUCUAUCUACUCUCUGAGCAGUAAAUGCGGGCUCCUCCUCUUUCCCUGUGCUUUCACUAUCUUCACUCAGAUUUGGCAAAUGUGAUAUCAGCGUAGCCGAGAAGCAUAAAGUUGGUGAAACUCUGCAUUUUCUUGUUUAUUUUGUGGUGGUGUUAGGGUUUUGAUGCGGGAAUGGAGGCGAGAAUGAAGAAGUAUAGGCAAGUGAGUCCGGAGAGAGCAAAAGUAUGGACGGAGAGGUCGCCGAAGUAUCACCAGAAUCGGAAAGUGCCUGUGGUUUAUUAUCUCUGUAGGAAUCGCCAGCUUGAACAUCCUCACUUCAUUGAAGUCCCUCUCUCUUCGCCGGACGGUCUCUACCUGAGAGAUGUGAUUGAGAGGCUUAAUGUGUUGAGAGGCAGAGGGAUGGCCUCCAUGUACUCAUGGUCCUGCAAGAGAAGCUACAAAAGUGGAUUUGUUUGGCAUGAUCUCUGCGAGGAUGACCUAAUUCUUCCUGCUCAUGGAAAUGAAUACGUUCUCAAAGGUUCUGAACUAUUUGAAGAAACUAAUUCUGAUCGCUUUGCUCCCGUCGGAACCAUCAAAAUUCAAAAUCUGAAACAAAUGCCAGAACCGGCAUCUUCUAGAUCUCAAGAUGAUUCCGCGUCAUCUUCAAGCAUGAAUGGCAAGGAACCGAAACAUUCUCAGGAUGAUGAGCUUUCCCCUACUCUUCAACAUCCUGGCUCCUCUGGUGUGUCGCCAGAGUCUAGAGAUGGCAAGAAUUCCUCUUGGAAUGGUUCUCUAAGCUUGACAGAGUAUAAGGUUUACAAGAGUGAUGGAUUAGCAGAUGCUUCUACCCAGACUGAGGAAAAUGUAAGCAGACGUAAAACCCGAGAAACUUGUACACGGGGUGUUUCAACUGAUGAUAACUCAUCAGGACAUGAGUGUAAUAAUUACCACACCCAGGUUCCAUUUGUUAAAGAGAACUCUGAUAUAAGUGAGAAUUCAGUUUCCCCUCCCCCGUCAUCCUCUAGUGCAUCUUCAUCAGGUGGAAAGACCGAAACAUUAGAGUCCCUUAUUAGAGCUGAUGUGAAUAAAAUCAACAGUUUUAGGAUUCUUGAAGAGGAAGAAAUUCGAAUGCCAGCCAAUGCAAAGAUCAAGGCCACUAAUAUGUUGAUGCAAUUGAUCUCCUGUGGGUCAAUUUCAGUGAAAGACCACAGUUUUGGGCUUGUACCAACCUACAGGCCAAGGUUUUCUCAUUCAAAGUUUGGUUCUCCAUUAUUCUCUACUUCAAUAAUGUUAGGGGAGCUUGAUUGCCUCUCAGAGAAUCCAAGGUUGAUGGGUCUGCGAUUGGAAGACAAAGAAUAUUUCAGUGGGAGCCUCAUCGAGACAAAAAUGCUCAAGGAAGAAGGAGAUGGACCAAGUACACUGAAGCGUUCUUCUUCCUACAGUGCAGACAGGACUUGUAAGCAAAUGGAUUCAGCCGAGAAUGAUGUGUUAAUCUCUGGACACUUAAAAUGCAUUCCAAGAUCAAUAAAAGCCUCACUAAGCAAGCAACAGCGAAGUGAGUCUAUGAGAUCACCCAUUUCUGAUAAACCUCGGAGCUCUUCUGAUGAGACCAAUUGCUCUGAAGCCAUACACGGUUGCACAUCCAAUGGCAGCAGCAAAAGAAUAGCAGAACAUGUUAUGGGAAAAAAGCUACCAAAGAAGCUUGAUUCCUUUAGAGAAGAGAAAGAAAAAGUGAUCAAAAUAGAAGAAAGACUUGCUUCAGGAGCUCGGGUUAUAAUCCAAUCCAAAGCGCCAUGUGAUGCAGCAGUUUGCAGCUCGUAGAGCAGAACAUUUUGAAGGCAAAUGUCAGGUGAAGAAAUUGUUUCAGUUGGGGAAAAGUCAUAUUCAAUUAUGUAAAGCAAAACUACUGGUAUUAUUAAAACUUGGUUUGAAUUUCAAUGAUGGCGAUUUCUUGGCGGGUCCAAUGAGAUGAUUCUGUAAAUCUAAAAAAGAGGAAGAGUCACUCAUUUGCCGUGAGUAAGUUCAGGCGUGGUCCACUCAGGGAUCAGCUUUCUUAAAUGGGAUCGUACCUUUUCAUACAA